AUGGCAUCUUACGAGAUUAUCGACGAUAAAUCGAACGAGUCUCUGGUCGACGACGAAUGGUCGCAUCGCCCAGCAAAAUCAAAGUGGACUGUCAAAGAUGUACUGUGGUGGCUCCUAGCAGCAGGUUGGCUCUUGGUCUUGCCGUUCAUCGUGAUCAGAUCAAGAUCUAGCCAAGGCUUCGACAAUCCGAUGGACGCUCCAAUCGAAUACGUAAAGCAAACGUUCAGCGGCAUCGUUACGGAGGAACACACACGACCUCAAGACGACCCGUAUGGUGCUAUGACUGAAGACUACUGGAAUGGGUUGUUGGAUGUCGGUAUUGUGAGGAUGUCCGAGACAGAAGCCGCAAGACUCCCUUCCAAGGCUGGCCCCGUCUUCGGCGAAGAGGAAUAUUACGCCGGCAACAUUGAAGUCUUCCACCAGCUGCACUGUCUCAACCGACUCCGACGCAUGUACUACUUCCCCGAAGCGAACGACCUGAACACUUCCGAAUCAAUCCAAGCCGGCCACGCACGGCAUUGCUGGGGCUAUCUAGAGCAGACUCUUCGAUGCCAUGCGGACGUGGGCGUCAUGAGCGCUCGCUACGAUCCACCCUCGAGGAAGUAUGAUCCGACAUGGAGUAUCGUGAAGACGUGCCGGAAUUUCGAUCUGAUCCACGAGUGGGCGAGAGGAAAGAAUGUUGCGCAUAAGGAGAGGCUUUUACCGCCAGACAAUUAA